UUAAAAGAAACCAAAGUAAAAAUCCUGUUCGCUUUAUAAGCAGAAAAGCCCUAAAAUUAGGAAGCAUCUAGAAGAAGAGUGCAGCACCAGGAGAGAGAACCCGAUAAGAAGCUGAUCGCCAAUUUCAUCAUCAAACCAUAAUUGGAAUUCCAGAUUUCAAGCGCUUGGAACAAAAAUGAGCUUUGGAAUCAUACAUAGGGAUGUAUUUGGGGAGUGGGACAAGUCAGGGUGGAGUAUUUGGGUUUUAUGUAUAGUUGAAGGUUCUUCCUCACUCAGAAGAGCUAUCAUCUGCAAAAUAUAUUGAGUGGAUGAGGAGAUCAAAAUUAAUUCAAAUAGUUUUUUGCUUUGGAGCAUCUUGGAGCAUAUGAGCAAUGGAGCUUGUGGAACAUAGCUUAAUUGGGGAUUGCUCUCUUGGUUUAGUUUUUCUGUUUGAAUCUAGUAUUUUGGAGCAUCACGGAGCAUUUGAGCAAUGGAACUUUUGGACAUAGCUUAACUUGGGGAUUGCUCUCUUGGUUUAAUUUUUCUGUUUGAAUCUAUUAUUUUGGAGCAUCACGGAGCAUUUGAGCAAUGGAGCUUGUGGAGCACAGCUCAAUUGGAGGAUUGCUCUCUUGUCUUGCAGUGAAUUAUCCCUUCAUUGCCGAGAAUGAGUGGCCGUUUUUCACGCUCAAUCUACGUUGGCAACCUUCCAGCAGAUAUAAAGGAAUGGGAAGUUGAAGACCUAUUCUACAAGUAUGGUCGUAUAUUGGAUAUUGAGUUGAAGAUUCCACCUCGUCCUCCUUGCUAUUGUUUUGUGGAGUUUGAAAGUUCUCGAGAUGCAGAAGAUGCCAUCAGGGGUAGAGAUGGCUACAAUUUUGAUGGUUGUCGGCUGAGGGUUGAGCUUGCUCAUGGAGGAAGAGGGCCAUCAUCUUCAAGUGAUCGCCGAGGCAGCUACGGAACCAGUGGUGGAGGAGCGCGUUAUGGCGUUUCUCGACAUUCUGAUUACCGAGUUAUUAUUCGAGGUCUUCCAUCUUCCGCUUCCUGGCAAGAUUUGAAGGAUCAUAUGCGGAAAGCUGGGGAUGUGUGCUUUGCUGAAGUUUCUCGUGACAGUGAAGGAACCUUUGGCUUGGUUGAUUACACAAAUUAUGAAGACAUGAAGUAUGCUAUAAGAAAACUUGAUGAUACUGAGUUCAGGAAUCCUUGGACAAGAACCUACAUCCGGGUAAGAGAAUACAAGGGUAGUCCUUCAAGAAGUCGUAGCAGGAGCAGGAGCAGGAGCAGAAGCAGAACUCCAAGGAGGAGUAGGAGCAGAUCACCUGCCCGUUCAGUUUCGAGAUCACCACCGCCAAAGUCUAGAUCUGCAUCUCCAGUUAAGUCGACCAGGUCCAGGUCAAGGUCAGUGUCCAGAUCAAUGUCAAGGUCGAGGUCUAGGUCUAGGUCACCGUCAAGGUCCCGAUCGGCAUCACCACGGCAGGCACGAUCAAACAGUGGCUGAUGCAAGAUUUGUUUAGUGGUGUUCUCCUCUUGAAAGGAGAAAUUGGAACUAUGUACUUAUUUUGAUUAGGAAUCUGCUAUGGACUAGAGCUGUAUUAAAGGCUGGAACCUUUGGAGGUCUGUCCUAGUAAUGUGUUUUCUUAUCUGAGAGCUAUGCAGUAUCCUGUUCUCUCGGCUGUCAGUAGUGUAUGGUUUAUUAAACAUGUAGGAUUUACUUCUGCUAGUGAUUUUGCUGCUUAAUGGAGUUCUGAUUAUUAAA